AUGCUGGGCCUGCAAUCGUACGGCAGCUCCUCGGAGGGCGAGUCCGACCAUGAGGAAGCUACUGCCGCAGAAGCACCAGUUCCAGCCCAUCUACAGCCCGUUGACAAGACACACUCGCUAUCCACACAAAUCGCCAUUUGUGCGGCACCGGCGGUGGUGCCCAUUGGCGCUUCGGCAGUGCCCAGGACCCUGGAUCCCACGCUUAAGGAAGUCACCUACAAUCCACGAUAUGAAGAGAUGUACACUCCGGUCAAGGGACCCGAUCAUCCAGACAUGACCAUGCAACAGCGCGCACCGCGAAACACACUUGCCGGCUACGUGGAGAAGGCACACAUCAAUGCCUUCGAGUUCGAGAACCAGCGUCGCACUUUCCACACCUACGGCUACGCACUGGAUCCCAGCGUCGACGAGCAGGCCGAUGGAAAAUCGUAUGUCGGGGAUCUGCAAUCGGCCUACGACGACAAUGGAAAGACCGUCUUUGAGGCUCCCAAGGCUAAAAAGAUGAGGAAGCAGGAGAAGAACGACAAUCCUGAGGAUAUCGAUGGCUUCCUCGGACCCUGGGGUCGUUUCGAAAACGAGGUUACGGUGGCCAAGCCCAACGAGCAGGAGCGGGCCGAGCUGGAUGAGCUGCUUUCGAAGCGACACAAGCGCGGACGCAUUCCUGAGGAUAAGCCGUUGGAGGAGAAAUCAACCUUACACAUCAAGGAUCAGUACGACUACCAGGGCCGGUCAUAUCUUCAUGCUCCACACGAUCUUGGCGUGAAUCUACGUUCCAAUGCCCCGCCGCCUAAAUGCUUCCUGCCCAAGGCGCACAUUCACACCUGGACGGGCCACAACAAGGGAAUCUCCUCCAUCCGCUGGUUUCCCAAGACCGCUCAUCUGUUGCUUUCCGGCUCGAUGGAUUGCCGUGUGAAGCUGUGGGAGGUUUAUGGAGAAAGGCGCUGCAUACGAACCUUCUCGGGUCAUCGGCAGGCCAUUAAGGACAUUGCAUGGAACAACAAGGGCACCAACUUCUUAUCUGCAUCUUAUGAUCGGUACAUAAAGCUGUGGGAUGCCGAAACGGGCGACGUGGUGUCGCGGUUCACGACCCGAAAGAUGCCAUUCUGUGUUAAGUUCCAUCCGGAUAACAGCAAGCAGCAUUUGUUCGUGGCAGGAACCUCUGACAAGAAAAUUAUUUGCUGGGACACUAGGAGCGGAGACAUUGUACAGGAAUACGACCGGCACUUGGGAUCGGUUAGCACCAUUACCUUUGUGGACGACAACCGACGUUUUGUGACCACCUCGGACGACAAGUCGAUGCGCAUCUGGGAAUGGGACAUACCCGUGGACAUGAAGUACAUUGCCGACCCGACCAUGCAUUCCAUGCCGGCUGUCACCCUGGCGCCAAAUGGCAAAUGGAUGGCCUGCCAGUCCCUGGACAACAAGAUAGUCAUCUUCUCGGCUUUAAAUCGCUUCAAGAUGAACCGGAAAAAGACCUUCACCGGUCACAUGGUCUCCGGCUAUGCCUGCCAGUUGGACUUCUCGCCCGAUAUGAGCUACUUGGUGUCUGGAGAUGGUGAUGGAAAGUGCUACAUCUGGGACUGGAAGACGACGAAAAUGUACAAGAAGUGGCAGGCGCACGAUGGCGUCUGCAUCAGUGCGCUGUGGCAUCCGCACGAAGCCAGCAAGGUGGUGACUGCCGGCUGGGAUGGCCAGAUAAAAUAUUGGGACUAAACGGUCCGCACAAAAUCCCUAUAUAUCCUAGAUGUAAGUCCCAAAAUGCCUAUGUAAAUUGAUGAUAUGUAUAUUAAAUAGACCCGCUAGGUUUCUUGACUUUA